GUGUCUGUAAUGUAGAGUUCCUCUUAGCUGUAUUUUUGAUUGUGUCUGAAAGCUGAGCUGUUGUUAAGUGUUGAUGUAUGUAUAUCGAUUGUAUGAUGUUAUGGAGACUGAUCGUGCUCUGCCUCCCUGUUCUCUUAAUGCUGAUUCAGGUCAGACGGAAGUUCUUUUUGGCGAUUAUAUAAAGCUAAGAUAACACCAGCCAUUAGCAAUGCCGCUAAAUUGUAGUGUUUUACAAUGCGUGUAUAUGCUUAUAGGCCACGUGCAAACACAAUAUAACAUAAUGUAUAGUUACGUUGCGCAGAGACCAUGAGGAAGGUCUCAAAUAUUAUGCGUCUUGCUUUAUUGCAGUUGAGCUUAUCGAGAGACAAAGCAGCCAAUGUACUCAACGCCAUAAGCAAAAUUGAAAUGGCUGUUGAAGAGCAUAAUCCACGUCUCAUUACAUUGCCCGAGUGCUUUAAUUGUCCGUGCCAUCGAAAGUAUGCGGAACAUAUUCCAGAUGGGUAUACCAGCCAACAGCUGUCCAAGGCAGCGUUAGAUAAUCAGAUCUAUCUCAUUGGUGGCACGAUUCCGGAACUGGGCGACAAUAAUGCCAUAUACAAUACAUGCACCGUAUGGGGUCCAAAUGGCGAGUUGUUGGCCAAGCACCGCAAAAUGCAUCUCUUCGAUAUUGAUAUAAAAGGCGGCAUUCGCUUUAUGGAGUCGGAGAUGAUGUCGGCAGGCAACGAUUUCACCAUUAUCAAUGUUGAUGGCCAUAAGAUUGGUAUUGGUAUUUGCUAUGACAUUCGCUUUGAGGAAAUGGCACGCCUCUAUCGUAACAAUGGCUGUGAGAUGAUUAUAUAUCCGGCUGCAUUUAAUAUGACAACAGGUCCUUUGCAUUGGGAACUCUUGCAACGAGCGCGAGCUAACGAUAAUCAACUCUUUGUGGUAACAGCAUCUCUGGCAAGGGACCACUCUGCCGAGUACGUUUCGUACGGGCACUCCAUGAUUGUGGACCCAUGGGCUAAAGUCCAGAAGACUGCUGACGAACACGAGCAAAUUCUAGUUGAUGAUAUUGACUUUUCGCUGGUUGAACAAGUGCGUCAACAAAUUCCCGUAUUCAGCCAGCGGCGUCUUGAUCUUUAUAGCACCGAAAAGAAAUCCAAGUGAUUUUUUAUUGCAUUUACCGUGCUACGUCUAUUAUAUAAAAAAUUGCAUGUUUUUCUAAAAUCA